UUCAAGCUUGACGCAACUCACAACCAACCAUCAGCAAUCAUGAAGUGCAUCGCAGCUGUAGUCAUGAUGGCCUGUGCCGUCGCUGCCAACGCCCAUUAUGUCCCAUCUGUUUACGCCCACCAGGUGGCCCCAGUGCUGACUUAUGCAGCCCAUCAUCAUGGACCAACCGUUGUCCAGUCCAACGAUUAUCACCAUGGAUGGGCCGCCCAUCAUCAGGCACCGGUUGUGGCUUACAGCAACGGUCAUUGGGAUCAGUGGGCUCAUCAUGAUGUCCACCAUCAUCAGGUCCCAGCUGCUGUUGCCAUCGCUGCUCCAGUUGCCUACAACACCUGGGAUCAUCACAACCAUCAUGCUUAUGCUCAUGGUCAUGCCGUGGCCGUUGCUCCUGUCCAUCACUCGGCCAGCUACGUUGCCGCCAACCGAGGAGCUGUCCACAAGGCCCCACUUCCGGGACACAUCGUCAACCAGAAGUCCCUGAACUUGGCUCCGGCUCCAGGAACUCUGUAAAUUUUCUGUUUUAAGAAAUCAAAGCAAAUGUACAUAAUGUGAUGAUCGGCAAUGAAUAGACAAAUAAUA